CAGUAGUCCUUGUAAAUGGGCUGGAAAGGGGAGGGGGGAUGGGAAGCUGCGUCUAGAAAGGAAAGAAGCUUCGAAGGUUGCCCUCAGAGACUCCCCUCGCUUUCGCUUUCACUCCCGGGGCCUGGAGGGAGAAGCGGCAGCCAAAGCGGGCCUCUCCACGAUCCCGAACAGAUUUCCUGUACCAUACGAACCUGGCACUCACACUGGUUUCAAGAUCAGAAAUCUGCCUUGAAGACAACAAUGAUAUUCUUGCUAGCAAUUUUCAACAUUGUAUCUGUAUUUGGCUCUGAUCAGCACAGUCGAUAUUCAGUUACUGGAGAUGGAAGCAGUCCAUUUCCUUGGAACAUAAUGAGACUUCCCAAGCAUGUCCUUCCAGUUCAUUAUGAUCUUCUUAUUCAUCCAAAUCUCACCACUCUGACCUUUACUGGAUUGGCCAAAAUAGAGAUUAAUAUUACCCAGGAAACCAAUUCAAUCAUCUUGCACAGCAAAUACCUCCAGAUCACCAAAGCUGUCAUUCAAGAAGCCAAAGAAAAUAUCCAUAUUGAUAAAACAGUGUCAGUUUUAGAAUAUCCACCAUUUGAGCAGAUCGCAUUGGUUGUAACUGAACCAUUGCGCCUUGGCAACUACAUUGUUAGUAUUGAAUAUUCUGCAAAUUUGUCUGACAGUUUUCAUGGUUUCUAUAAAAGCACAUACAGAACUCCUGAAGGGGAAGUAAGGGUGCUUGCAUCAACCCAGUUUGAACCAACAGCUGCUCGUAUGGCUUUCCCUUGCUUUGAUGAACCUGCAUUCAAAGCAAAAUUUUCUGUUAAGAUCCGAAGAGAACCCAGAUAUUUUGCACUCUCUAAUAUGCCUUUAGUGAAAUCUAUCAACCUUAAGGAAUGGCUCCUUGAAGACCACUUUCAGACCAGCGUAAAGAUGAGCACUUAUCUUGUGGCCUUUAUUGUUUCAGAUUUUAAAUCAGUUUCCAAAAGUACUACCCGGGGAGUUAAGGUUUCGGUAUAUGCUGUACCACACAAGAUCGGCCAAGCGGAUUAUGCCUUGGAUGCAGCAGUGAAGCUCUUAGAGUUCUUUGAGGAAUAUUUUAGCAUUCCAUAUCCUUUACCUAAACAAGACUUAGCAGCUAUUCCUGAUUUUCAGUCUGGUGCAAUGGAGAAUUGGGGAUUGACUACAUACAGGGAAACUGCUUUGUUAUAUGAUCCUGAAAAAUCCAUAGCAUCAAGUAAACUUGGAAUUACCUUGACUGUAGCCCAUGAGCUUGCUCACCAGUGGUUUGGAAACCUGGUCACCAUGGAAUGGUGGAAUGAUCUUUGGCUCAAUGAAGGUUUUGCAAAGUUUAUGGAAUUUUUAUCAGUCAGGGUGACCCACCCAGAACUGAAAGUUGAAGAUUAUUUUUUAAACAAAUAUUUUGAAGCCAUGGAAGUAGAUGCUCUAAACUCUUCACAUCCUAUAUCUACUCCUGUUGAAGAGCCAUCUCAGAUUCUAGAAAUGUUUGAUGAUGUUUCCUAUGAUAAGGGAGCUUGCAUUCUGAACAUGUUACAGGAUUACCUCAGUCCAGAGGUGUUUAAGGCUGGACUUGUGAAAUACUUGUUGCAGUUCAGCUAUCAAAAUACACAAAACAAGGAUCUGUGGAACAGUUUGUCAGAUGGCUGUUCUGUGGAUGCUGCUGCCGCCGGAGUUUGCCCAAGAAACAAGGAAACAAUCUCAAGCUCUCACUGGACAAAAAGUGUUAUCAAUGACGUAACAGCAAUAAUGAACACUUGGACACUACAAAAAGGAUAUCCAUUAGUCACCGUGACAGUAAAAGGAAAGAACGUCCAUUUGCAACAAGAACACUAUAUGAAGAGCUCUAAUUUUGCUUCACCCAAAGGGAAUCUGUGGCAUAUUCCGUUAACAUAUAUUACCAGUAAAUCAGAUGUUGUUCAAAGGUUUUUGCUGACAACAAGAACAGAUGUUAUCACCCUCCCAGAAGAAGUGAAAUGGAUAAAAUUUAAUGUAGGAAUGAAUGGUUAUUAUAUUGUGCACUAUGGUGAAGAUGGAUGGGAUGCUCUGAUUCGUCUUCUAAAAGAAAACCAUAAAAUUCUGAGCAGUAAUGAUAGGGCCAGCCUCAUCAACAGCGCAUUCCAACUGGUGAGUGCUGGAAAGCUGUCCAUUACCAAAGCUCUUGAUUUAACAUUAUACCUAAAACAUGAAUCGGAAAAUAUCCCUGUGCAUCAAGGACUGGAUGAACUUAUCCCUUUGUACAAACUGCUGGAGAAGAGGGAUAUGAAUGAGACAGAACACCAGUUAAAGGGAUACAUUUUCAAUCUGUUUAAAAACAUGAUUGACAAACAGUCUUGGGAGGAUGAAGGCACAAUGUCAGAGCGAAUACUUCGGAGCUCCCUUCUUAUGUUUGCCUGUGUGCGCAGGUACCAACCAUGUGUGGACAAAGCAAAACAAUACUUUACAAAAUGGAAGCAUUCCAAUGGAACACUAAAGUUGCCCAAUGAUAUCAAGUUUGCUGUAUAUGCUGUUGGAGCACAGACAGACGUGGGCUGGGACUUCCUUUUCAGCAAAUGCCAACUACCUGAGUUCAGUACUGAAAAGCAAUUGAUUGAAACUGUUCUCAGCCUCAGCCAAAAUAAAGAAAGGCUUCAGUGGUUGAUGGAACAAGGGUUGCGGGGUGAUAUUAUAAAGACUCAAGAUCUUCCUUAUAUUGUUGUAAGUGUUGGAAGGAAUCCUGUAGGUUAUCAAUUAGCCUGGAAGUUUUUGAAGGACAAUUGGCAGACACUUGUGAAAAAGUUUGACCUUGGUUCGCAUUCCAUUGCACACAUGAUUACUGGAGUAACAAAUAAAUAUUCAACAAAGGCUCAACUUGCUGAUGUUAAAGAAUACUUCAGCUCUCUGGACAAAAAAAGUGCAGAGCUCCGUGCUGUCCAACAAACAAUAGAAACCAUUGAGGAAAACAUCAAUUGGAUGGAUAAGAACCUUGAAAAAAUCAUCAGGUGGCUACAGAUCAAUAGCAGUGUUUGAAAGUCUACUUGACUUCCUUUCAGGAUUAAGAAAUAUUUUGCACUGGAAGACUGCUCCUUUGCCUUAGAGGAAUAAAACAGCAAGAUUACUAGCUUGAAUUUUCAACUGAUGUAAUAAACACUGGAUACAUAAUUUUAAAAAGAAGAUGGCCAAUUACUAAAAGCGUAAAAUGUGUGUAUUUGUCAAAAAUAAGGGAGUGAGAAGUGCAGCUUUUGACAGCGCCCCAUUAUGGUACAUAGGAAACCUACAGCUGGCUACAGUUCUGAUAGAUUAUUCUUAAUUGAUCCAUUUGUUGUGACAUCCAAAACAGUGAUGCUGGAUAAGUGUGUGUCUGUUUUUAAACUUAAAUUCCCUCUGCUCAUGUUAGCCAUACAUCACUGGAAGUGACAACAGCAUGUGUCUUUUACCCCCCCCCCCCCAAAAAAAAAUUACUAACAGAAGGGAACAGUUUGGAAGGGAAGUAUUCCUUCUAUUACAUCAAAAGCUGGAUUCCAAACCCAAUUUGAACUAGUAAGCUCAC